UUAAUGCCUUUGCCUACCCUUCCCAUGCCUUUUCUGGUGCCUGCCUACUAUGCCCUUGCCUGUGCCUCCCAUGCCUUGCCUACUCCUGCCUUGCUGAUUCCUCUUCCUCUUUCCUUGGCUGCCUUUGCCGUGCCUUUGCCGUGCUUAAUGCCUUUGCCUUGGCAACCUCUCCGCAACACUUUCUAUACUAGUUUCAUCUCAUCUUGGUAACUAUUUUUGCGGAGAGAGAGCCAUUGCUCGAACGGAGCUAUUUUCCUCGUUCCCAUAAAUAUAUUAGAGCGUGACAAAUUUCCGCGUUUCCCCCUAGUACGUGAAAUUUUGAUGAAAACGUCCGACUUUUGACCCACUUACCCAAAUAUUUUUUAUGGUCAUUUCUUCCGUGAAAAUCCGGUUGGUCGAGACACGCCAUUUUCAGUUAAGAUCAGGUCGGCAUACAGCAUUAGCCACGUGAUUCAUAAGUUACUCUUACUAAUAUCACAUGACAUUUCCUCAGAUACAUAGCGCUUGAAACGAAAAUUUAGUUGAUGAUAGCUUGAUGAUAGGGUAGAAGGGUAUUUUGAGGAAAACGAAGAAAGGGUAUGUACAGCUAGUAGAUCACUAUUUCUUUACAUUGAUAACCCCUUCUUAUCCUUACUGCCACCUAAAGCUAGCUAGUAUAAAACUGCCCACUUAGCUGGCAUAAUAACAGAACUUAGAUAACAUAUAGCUAGCUUACUUUAACCGUUUAGCUAGCUAUAAAAAAGGGCUAAACUUUAGAAUAUCCCCUUCAAAUAGUAAAUUAAAUUUAAUACAACCAACGACCAACUUUUGUAAAAUCAUUAACCAAAAUAACGCUAUAUGCAACGUCUACAACACUAUCACGUUAGCGCCUACGCGUCUUUUAAUUCGUUGCUUCGCGCAAUGUCACGACAUCGUAUCUGACGUUAAAAAUAACGACCGUUUAUUAAAACAGUCAUUCUUGUAACAAACGGCUUCGCGUAUCUAUCGCCCAUAUCUUUUAUAAUGUAUUCUUCAAAAUCAAUUAUUAAUUCACAACCUGAAGAAGUUUGGGCCGAAUUAAACUCAAGAUUUAUUAAUCAUAACGUCAAGUAUGAAAACGUUCUAUCCGAACAAUUGUUUACAUAUCUUAACAAUAAAGCAACAGCUGCAGGUACAAACAUUGGAUAUGUUCUUGCUUCCGUAAUAACUACAGCUAAUUACUUGACCUCUAAAAAUCACGGUUCGAUUGAAAUAAGAAAUGGUUAUAGCAUUAACCUUAACACAUUUUUCUUGUUUGUUGGACAGCCGUCUACAGGAAAGUCGCCCGCUAUUAAGAUGGCAGUUAAUCAACCAUUAAAGGCUAUUCAAGAAGAUACAGACAUUAUAUCUAACACCACCACAUCUGGCUUGACAAAGUGCCUCUGUACAAGAAAAUGUACAUACAUUGUUAAUGCCGAAAUACAGGAGUACUUGUACAAAAUAUUGAAAAAAAACGAUGAGAAUUACACUGGGGAUAUGGAGAUUCUAUCGAAGAUUUUUAGUGGAGAAAAUGUGUCUAUUCAAUUCAGUACUGAAAAUAACAGAUAUAUACCUGAAAAUUGCGCAUUGUGCAUAUUAGGUAAUGGAUUUUUGGACCGAUUUUUAAUUAUAACACCUCGUUCAUACCGUCCGAUGCCCAAGGAACAACAAAUCGCCCAACAAUCCUCAACAACCAUCGAUAUCAAGGAUAUUUAUGCCAACUAUGUACACAUAGAUAAUACAAUAUUCUAUUUUGACGAAAAUGCGUUAAAAUUGUACGACAACAUGGAGACACAGUUUUUGACCGAUCUAAACAACGAUCUUUUGCACGGCAGACCAACCAGCAAGUCUAAAAAACCAGAGUUAAUUCCAAAAGUUGCUGUCGCUCUACACACAGUGGAAUACUUUUAUAAUGCCCUUUUUAAUGAAGUUGAAUUUACAUGUCUACCAGAAGCUAUUUCCUUGCAAACAUUGGAACGUGCCAUAAUGUAUGUUGAAUCAAUUGAUGAACAGAAAGAAUUAUUUUACACAUAUAUCACAGAAUUGGUUAGUACCAGCAAAACACCAUCAGUUAAACGUGCCCCAACUUCUGAUGAAUAUAAAAAAGCUGUUUUAAUGACACCGGGUGCCUUCGUCACAUACAGAUCCUUCAAACAAAGUACAUCAAAAAGAUUUCGCGGUUUACUAUCCCAAGAAUUUGUUAAGUUUAUAGAAAACUUUGUUAACAAAGACAUUGGUCGUUUGAUUGACAAAUUGUAUACAGAUAUGCCGAGGCAAAAAAUGCUCGAAAAAAUUUCUGAAGACAAGUCAUGUGUUUUUGAUGAAUCUUUUAACACUGCAAGAGUAGCUAAAAUUAUGCAAUGUAGGGAAUUCAUUAACGUCCCGUUAUCUGAUAUAAGCUUUUCUGUGUAUCACGAAUGA